AUGGUUACAACAGACUUGUGCACAGGUGCAUCGUCCUGGUGGAACAACACACCUUUAGAACUAUCUCAGCCUAUAGCUUUCCAGGCUCAAGGUUCCCCAAAUACUGACAUCAAUCCAGGUUCCCCCAAUGCUGACAUCCAUACAGGUUCCCCAAACACUGACAUCCAUCCAGGUUCCCCCAAUGCUGACAUCAAUCCAGGUUCCCCAAAUACUGACAUCCAUCCAAGUUCCCCCAAUUCUGACAUCCAUCCAGGAUCCCCAAAUACUGACAUCCAUCCAAGUUCCCCCAAUGCUGACAUCCAUUCAGGGUCCCCCAAUGCUGACAUCCAUACAGGUUCCAAAACUAGUGACAUCCAUCCAAGUUCUCCUAAUGCUGACAUCCAUCCAGGUUCCCCAAACACUGACAUCCAUCCAGGUUCCCCAAAUACUGACAUCCAUCCAUGUUCCCCCAAUGCUGACAUCAAUCCAGGUUCCCCCAAUGCUGACAUCUAUACAGGUUCCAAAACUACUGACAUCCAUCCAGGUUCCAAAACUACUGACAUCCAUCUAGGUUCCCCAAACAAUGACAUCCAUCCAAGUUCCCCCAAUGCUGACAUCCAUCCAGGUUCCCAAAACAGACAUCCAUCCAGGUUCCCCCAAUGCUGA